AUGUCCAAAUCACCACAUCUCGGCGACAUGGACUCGCUUCCUCCACCCUCUUACACCGAAGCGACCGGCUCUACCAUCGGCCCCUCUCGGGGAUCCACCACAUCCACAUCCUCCGUCUCCGGUCCCAGUGCCGGUCUCGCUCCCGCUCCGAUCCCCAUCCGCACAAACGAAUCCCCCCUAACAACCCACCUCCGCACCCUCCCUUCGCGCCUCCGUUCCGCGCAACACUCCCACUCAACAACCCAAUCCUCGCGCGAAACCUUUCUAGUAUCACAAUGCGUCCCGCACAUAGAAUGGUUCAUCGAGGAUAUCGUCAACCUGCCCAAAACUCCGCGGGUAGCUGAGCUGGUGUUAGUUCCUACGGAGGGAUUACCUGGUACGGAAUCGUCGAUGGGGCCGAGAUACGAAACUUCUGCGGGGAGAGAGUUGGCUAGAAAGAGAGCGGGGAGGGAGGAUAAAGGGUGGGAGAUGGCUGGAGUCAAUGAGAAGAGGGAAGAUGGGGAUGGGGAGGUGGUGAGGGUUGGGUGUGUUUCUGCUUUGUCUGUGCAAGAGAACCGGGAAUGGAGAGCUGUGCCUGUGGAUGAAAAGGGAAGGCCCGUGGACAUGGACCGGAAGGACUCAGGCUCAGCCACCCGCUCAGCAACGGAGAAUUACACCUUUGGAGAAUGGGGUCGUUUCGAAACCGAGCCAUCCACCUCAUCAUCUUCCUCUUCCCUCUCCAAAUCCACAUCACAGCUGGGACCCAACGAAGCAUGGAACUGGUUCACAACCCCGAUCCUCGCUCGUCGCAUCGCCUCGCUACUACGUCCCGAACCAACCCUUGCUCGGAAAACUGUCCAAGCAGCUGUUGAGGCACCCAAGACCCCGACUUCUUCCUCUACAGGUACCAAGAAGUCUGGAUUCGGCAGCUUCUUUCGCAGAUCUUCGGCUUUCAAGUCUGAUUCGCAGGGGCAGACACCGAUGGAGCGGGUCAUGACGCCUGUUAGGGACGGUGCGAUGUUGGAGGAGGAGAGGAUUGCUAUGGCGGUUAGGGCGGAGGAGGUCACGUUUAGGAGGGAGAACGAGUUUGGGGUUUGGGAGAGUUUGAGUGGCUGGGUUGUUGUUGUUUCUAUUAAGGUGGGGAGGUUGUAG